UCUGCUACUCAAGACUGCAGUGUGUACUCACGCGUCUGCCCAUUUCCUUCAAAACCCCCAAGAACCCUAACCAUCUCCGAGCCAGCUACAAAUGCCGGGCGUCGCGUCGGACUCCGGCGGAGGCGCGUUGCUGCCGUUUACGGUGGAGGCCCAACCUGUAACUGUAUACCCUCUCCAGCAUGGCCUUAACUCUCCCAUAUCUCGCAUCUCUAUUUCCUGGUCCCGCGGCAACGCCCUCCGUGUCUCAGUUUUCGGGGUGUCGAAGUCAGGAAACGAUUCUGGCAGUGAAGGGGAUGAUAGAACCGGCGGGAAGGUGGUGGAGGUGAGGCUUGCAAGCGGGGAUGGAGAGAUCAGCAACGAUAAGUGGCGUAUGAUCGCCUACGGAUCAGUCUCACCCUUCGCGCUUCUUCAGAGCAGGAAAAACUCUGUGUCGUCGCUGUCCAAUAUGUCCAUGAGCAUUUCUCCUUACCAUGUUGAUUGGUGGGAGUACGUUCUAGAGUACAGCAAAGACAUAAACGCACUCCUCGGUAAUCCAACAGUGCUUCCUGGCCCCGUAAUUGAAGACCCAAAGAGAGUUUUAAAGAGAGUUGAAGAACCAACAUGUUUAAAGGCUGCGUGGAAGCUGAUGGAAAUUUUCUAUGCAGACAAGAUGUCUCACACAUGGCUACCUGAACGACUUGUUGAUUGGCUAGCUGUAAGUAUUGCUCUUCCAACUUCGAAAAUAUAUUAA